CUCUCUCAUUCUUUUAUUCACCAUCUGAGUUGUUUCUUUUCUUCUUCCCUUCUCCUUCUCCUUUGUUUCACUUUGCUUUCUCUGCAAAACAAUGAGCAAUCUAAUAUAGUUUCUGCAUAUCCCAAGAACCAGACAAGAAACAGCCAUCUACCUAUCUGGGAUUUUUUUUUCUUUAGUCUUUGAUGGGUAACGGCGUUACAAAAGUCAGUUACUGUUGUGCUGUCGCAGGGGACAUCUCCCGCCGGCAUGAUAACGCAGUUUAUGUCGGCGACCAUCUCCACAAGGGACUUGGUCAUUCCUUCUGCUACAUACCAGCCGACCAAGCUCGCUUAUCUAACACCAAGAGCCAUUCCGAGGAAACGACAUCUUUUUUCUCUAUCUCCGGCGCCUCUGUAAGCGCUAAUACUUCAACAUCUCUCAGCGAUGCUUGUCUCUACAGCUCCAGUUUGGAUGAGGCCUCUGCUUUUGAAAGCUCAGGUUCUUUCGCCUCUGUCCCUCUUCAGCCCGUCCCUCGUGGGCAGCUUCAAUCCGGCUCUGCAGUGCAAGUACCAGGUUCUAGUCCGAUCGAGCGAGGCUUCCUAUCGGGUCCGAUAGAGCGUGGAUUUCUUUCAGGACCCAUUGAACGUGGGUUCGUAUCGGCACCGAUUGAUCGCAGCUUAUAUUCCGGUAUGAUGGAGAAAGAGAGAGAAAAGGAGAGCAGGAGUAGCACCAGUAAGUUACAGAGGAGCUUGUCUCAUGGUAGUAUUGAUAUUGAUGAAAUCCAAGUUAAAACCAAGAAGAAAAGUUUAAUAAAGACUUUAAAGAGAGCAAUAUCUAACACCAUCUCUCGAGGGAAAAAAUCUAUAAUGGCACCGAUCAGAGGUGUUAAAGAACCAGUUUCUGUUAGUAGUAGUACUAAUUCGAGUGCUCAGGUGAGCUCCAAUAAUGGUCUUGAUGAUGAUAGCCUGUUUUCAAUGGGAAGCCAGAAUCUUCAAUGGGCACAAGGGAAAGCUGGAGAGGAUCGAGUCCACAUAGUAAUAUCAGAGGAACAUGGGUGGGUUUUUGUGGGAAUUUAUGAUGGGUUUAAUGGCCCUGAUGCUCCUGAUUAUUUGCUUUCCAAUCUGUACACAAAUGUGAGUGAGGAGCUCAAGGGAUUGUUAUGGAGCGACAAGUUUGAAUCCACUUCAAAAACAGAGGAAACAGAGGAGGCUUCACCUUCAAUUGAUAAGGAAAACCAUCCAUUUACCGGUAGAGAUGAGGAUUUCGAUGUAAAUCAUCAUUCAAAUAGAAAGCAGGGGAAGAAUUCGAGGCAUAGGAGUAAAGCAGAAGUAAAAAGAUGGGACGAGAGCCAGAGGAGGUGGAGAAUGGAAAUUGAUCAGAAAUUAAAAGAUAAACUGAAUUGUGAAGGGUCUAACUUUAAUGGGGUUAACCAUUUCGACGUUUUGAAAGCACUUUCCCAGGCAUUGAAGAAGACAGAGGAGUCCUACUUUGAAAUUGCUGACAAGAUGGCUGCAGAGAAACCUGAGUUAGCUUUAAUGGGUUCUUGUGUUUUGGUGAUGCUGAUGAAAGGAGAAGAUGUUUACUUGAUGAAUGUUGGAGAUAGCCGAGCCCUUUUGGCACAGAAAUGUGAAACAGAUCUUGGAAUAGGGAAAGGAAACCAGGAUUUGGAGAUAAUUAGUGAGGAAAGUAUGCGUGAUUUCGAAGUCUUUGAUGGUGAUGAAUUGUACAGAUUUAAUAGCCUGAGUUCCCUUCAGCUUACCAUGGAUCACAGCACCUAUGUGCAUAAGGAAGUUCAGAGGAUUAAGAAAGGGCAUCCUGAUGAUCCUUCUGCAGUAAUGAAUGAUAGAGUGAAAGGUUACUUGAAGGUUACUCGGGCAUUUGGAGUUGGCUUUCUCAAGCAGCCAAAGUGGAAUGAUUUGCUCUUAGAGAUGUUUCGAAUCGAUUACAUAGGAAAUUCUCCAUACGUCACCAGUUUUCCAUCUCUAUAUCACCAUAGACUCAGCUCAAGAGACAAGUUUUUAAUUCUGUCAUCUGACGGGCUAUACCAGUAUUUCACCAAUGAAGAAGCAGUCUCAGAGGUUGAAUUGUUCAUUUCUGCAUUUCCUGAAGGAGAUCCUGCUCAGCAUCUAAUCGAAGAAGUUCUGUUUCGUGCAGCCAAAAGAGCUGGUAUGGACUUCCAUGAAUUGCUUGCUAUUCCACAGGGUGAGCGGCGCCGGUACCAUGAUGAUGUUUCUGUUAUAAUUAUUUCUUUGGAAGGCAGGAUUUGGCGUUCAUCUGUGUAAAUAAUAAACCAAAGUAUUUUUGCUCAGCAAAUUUUCUAGUCAUGGCCUCUAUGGCUAUUUUUAAUCCCACAAAAUUUAGUUGACUCGUGUUAUUACUUUAUAUUAAUAAAAAAAAAAAAUUGACCUACAGAAAGUAUAGAUAUGUGAAAUU